CUACAUCAACGACGACAAGUCCUACAUCGCCAUCAAAAACACAGCCAUCACCCACUGCUUCCGAUAUUCCCCGCGAAAAUAUAGCAGCACUUUGGCGUCAACGAGAGAAAGAACAGAAAAGUGAAUCGAUUAAACCUAGUCGUCCACCAUUACCACCAAAGAAAAAAACAGUCUUAGAUAAAUGGAAUGAACAAAAAGCAGUGACAGCAGCAGAAAGUGAUAAGAUAUCAACAGGGGCCGAUAAUUCUAAUGUGGGAAAAGUAAGUGGAAUAAUAAAAAAGAAAUCUUUAGAGACAAGCAGCAAAAACAAAGAAAAUGACAGUAGUAAAGUAUCAUUGACCACAACAAAAAGUACUACAUCGGUAACAUCAUCCAGUUCUGAAACUGAGACCGUUUCCGUAGAAAUUAAAGAAAAUGUUGAAAUUUCGCAGGAAGAGGAACAAAUAGAAAUUAGUGAGCGUGAAGGGACUGUUGUGCAAGAAACACAAAUUUCAAAAAAUAUAGAAGCUAAUGAAAAGGGAGUCGAUGCAUCUAAUCCUCCCGAAAUUCCAUCCGGCGGCAUAAAAAAGAAAAAUAAAAUAGCGGCAAUGUUCGAAGAGCAAGAACGAAAGAGACGAGAGGAAGAAGCUGCUGCAGCCGCUGCACGGCCAGUUCCCGGGCGUAAAGUGUUAAAUAAAUUGCCGUGGAUGCAAAAAGAAAAGGAUGAAAGUACGAGUAAUACAUUAGCUGCAGCACCACCUCCACCACGUAAAUUAAAUGCUGCUUUCCUUACUUCCACCGAAAACACCGAAUCCGAUUCAACUACAACUGAACCGCCCAAAUUAAAAACAGGUAAAAUCGAUUCAGCUAUCUCGCAACGACUCGAGAGUGUAUUCGGUAGUGGGAAAAUUCAGUUACCGGGUAUGGGACGUGGCAUUGGUAUAGGAGGGCGUAAAGUGCUCAUCAGUGCAGAGGAUGUAGAAGCUGAAGAAGGUGAAGAACGUGUUCGGGUGAUUCCAGGAUUAAAACGACCUGAUCUAGCAGAGCGAAAUUCUGAUGAAUCUAAAAAAGAACAUGAAGAAAAAAUAGAAAAUAAAGAUGCCGGGGAAGGAGGAUCGGCAGAAGAAAAGCACGAAAAGAAAACUUCAAAACCAUUAAGUCACAUAACAAAAGAUCGACCACGACGUCCAAAACCAGCUCGUGCGUUACCUCCACCCCCCAAAACAGAGAAAGUCGAUGACUCAAAAACAUCGGUUUCUGAUAAGACUGUAAUUGAGUCUUCGACAUUGACAACCGAGGAAGAAGCAAUCAAAGAAGAGAAACAGGAAGAAGGGGAAAUUGAAGAAGUUGAAAAGAAGGAAAUAGGUGAAGUAGUGAUCAUGAAUGAAGAGAAAGAGAUAGCUGAUGAUGUGGUGGUGAUGGCUGAAUCUGAAGAAAAGGAGAUGGCUGAUGAUGCGGUGGCGAUGGCUGAAUUUGAAGAAAAGGAGCUAGAUAAUGAGGUGAUAGUCAUUGAAAAUGUGACGAAUUAA